CUCCCCAUGCAUUUCAGACGACAGCUGUCUGCUUUCAACUUCAUCUUUCAUAAAGUGAUAUUCUUCAGUCUCCAAGCGUCCAUUAAGAAGGAGCGACUACAUUUGUCACUACACUGAGAAUUAAAAAAGGGACCGUUGCCUUGUAAAUCGUAAAUCGGAUAAUCUAUCACCGUCUUGACAGAAGAACCUCUUUCGCAGGCAUCCGUGAAAGCCCGUGUGUUUUCUCCAAACUUCGUCCGAGUUUCGAUCCGUUUGAGGCGACACCCUCGCAUUAGACGUAUAAAAGCAAAGGUCCAUAAUGAGCAAUUACUCACAUUUCGACGACCAGCCGCCCCAGUACAACCAGGGCACAGACCUCGGGGAAGAAGAGGAGGAGAUGCCAGCCACAGAGAAGGAUCUGGCCGAGGACGCGCCUUGGAAGAAGAUCCAGCAGAACACCUUCACCCGAUGGUGCAAUGAACAUCUCAAGUGCAUCAAUAAGACCGUCACGGACCUCCAGAAAGACCUGAACGAUGGCCUCAAACUUAUCGCUCUGUUGGAGGUCCUCAGUCAGAAGAAAAUGUGCAGAAAACAUAACGUCAGACCAAACUUCAGACAAAUGAAGCUGGAGAACGUCUCAGUGGCGCUGGAGUUUUUGGAAAGAGAGCACAUCAAAUUAGUGUCUAUAGACAGUAAAGCUAUUGUAGAUGGGAAUCUGAAGCUAAUCCUUGGUCUCAUCUGGACACUCAUUCUACAUUAUUCCAUCUCCAUGCCAAUGUGGGAUGAUGAGGAAGAUGAAGAGGUUAAGAAACUCACACCUAAACAAAGACUGUUGGGCUGGAUUCAGAACAAGGUUCCACAGCUUCCUAUUAACAACUUUAAUAAAGACUGGAGGGAUGGCAAGGCCCUCGGUGCACUGGUGGACAACUGUGCCCCUGGUCUGUGCCCUGACUGGCAAGCAUGGGACCCCAAACAGCCUGUCGAAAAUGCGCGUGAAGCCAUGCAGCAGGCCGAUGACUGGCUCGGUGUUCCACAGGUGAUAGCUCCAGAGGAAAUUGUGGAUCCAGACGUAGAUGAACAUUCGGUGAUGACAUACCUCUCUCAGUUUCCCAAAGCCAAACUAAAGCCUGGAGCCCCACUGAAGCCCAAGCAGCUGUACCCCAAAAAGGCAAAGGCCUAUGGACCUGGUAUUGCGCCUCAGGGCAACAUGGUUUUAAAACCGGCAUUGUUUACUGUGGAAACGCUGGAAGCGGGACUUGGUGAAGUAAUUGUGUAUGUAGAAGACCCAGAAGGCCAUACAGAAGAGGCUAAAGUUGUUGCCAACAACGACAAGAAAAGGACAUUCUCUGUCAGCUAUGUGCCCAAAGUUGAGGGUCUCCACAAGGUUAAGGUACUCUUCGCUGGACAGGACAUUGAUAAGAGUCCAUUCAUGGUAAAUGUGGCAAAAGCUCUGGGUGAUCCAAACAAAGUCCAAGCAAGAGGUCCUGGUCUGGAGCCAGUGGGCAAUGUCGCUCAUAAGCCCACCUAUUUUGACAUCUAUACAGCAGGUGCUGGGGCUGGUGAUGUUAAGGUGGUCAUUGUUGAUCCUCAGAAUAAAAACAACACCGUGGAAGUUAUUCUGGAAAACAAAGGUGAUAACGUCUUUCGUUGCACAUACAAACCUGUGCAGGAGGGACCCCACAUUAUCCAUGUGAGCUUUGCCGGACAGCCGAUACCCAACAGCCCCUUCAAAGUGCAGAUCUCCGAGGCACCCCCAAAACCCUCUACCGUGGCUCCGGUCCAGAUACAUCCUGUUAAAAAGAAAGCUAGCAAUGCAAAUGCCUGUCGGGCCACUGGCCGAGGACUGCAGCCUAAAGGUGUUCGUGUUAAGGAGGUGGCCGACUUUAAUGUUUUUACCAAAGGGGCAGGAACUGGAGAGCUGAAGGUCUCUGUAAAAGGCCCAGGUGGAGCAGAGGUACCUGUGAAAGUACGGGACGUCGGUGAUGGAGUAUACAAGUGUGACUACUGUCCUGUUCACCCUGGAAAAUAUCAUGUAAACAUAACAUGGGGAGGACAACCAAUCCCACGCAGCCCGUUUGAAGUGGAAGUUGGUGCAGAGGCCGGACUGCAGAAAGUCCGAGCUUGGGGUCCUGGCUUGAAGACUGGAAUGGUUGGCAAGUCAGCUGAUUUUGUCGUUGAAGCCAUUGGUACAGAAGUGGGAACUUUAGGGUUUUCUAUUGAGGGCCCAUCUCAGGCUAAGAUCGAGUGUGAUGAUAAGGGUGACGGCUCCUGUGAUGUGCGAUACUGGCCCACUGAACCCGGCGAUUAUGCAGUGCACGUCAUCUGUGAUGAUAAAGAUAUCAAAGACAGCCCAUUCAUGGCACAUAUACUCCCAGCAGCCAAUGAUGUCUUUCCUGAAAAGGUUAAAGCCUUUGGACCGGGCCUGGAGCCUUCUGGAGUUAUUGUCAACAAACCAACUCAAUUCACUGUUGAUGCCCGAGGAGCCGGUAGAGGGAGCUUGAAGAUCUAUGCUCAGGAUGCUGAAGGCUGUGUCAUUGACAUUAAGAUUACUGAUAAAGGGGAUGGAACCUUUCUUUGCAUAUAUGUUCCAACCAAGCCAAUAAAACACACCAUCAUAAUUACUUGGGGUGAGGUCAACAUACCCAAGAGUCCCUUCAGAGUUCUUGUUGGUGAAGGUUGUCACCCUGACAAAGUUAAGGUCUUUGGGCCAGGAAUCGAGAAAACUGGCCUAAAGGCUAAUGAGCCCACUUACUUCACUGUGGACUGCAGCGAAGCUGGCCAAGGUGAUGUCAGCAUUGGGAUCAAGUGUGCCCCAGGUGUGGUGGGUCCAGCAGAGGCAGAUAUAGAUUUUGACAUAAUUAAAAAUGACAAUGACACCUUUACAGUCAAGUAUACCCCGCCUGGCCCUGGCCGGUACACCAUUAUGGUGCUCUUUGCAGAUAAGGAAAUCCCGGGCAACCCAUUCAAAGUUAAGGUGGAACCUUCCCAUGAUGCUGGUAAAGUCAGAGCUGAGGGACCUGGGCUGAACAAGACAGGUGUUCAAGUGGGCACUCCAACCCAUUUCACCAUCUACACUAAGGGAGCUGGAAAGGCUAAACCAGAAGUUCAGUUUAAAACUGCUGUCAAAGGAGAUGCUGUAAAAGACUUUGAAAUCAUUGAUAACCAUGACUACUCCUACACUGUGAAGUAUACUGCUCUUCACCAGGGUGAGAUGGCCAUCAUGGUAACAUAUGGAGGAGACCCCAUUCCCAAAAGCCCUUUUAACAUCACGGUAGCUCCAUCAUUAGAUCUCGGCAAAGUCAAAGUUCAAGGACUUAAUGAAAAAGUGGAAGUUGGAAAGGAUCAGGAGUUUACUGUCAACACGAAAGGGGCAGGUGGACAGGGCAAGUUAAAUGUGAGCAUAACCUCACCAUCUGGUCGACAAAUACCUUGCAAAUUAGAAUCAGACAAGACCAAGGAGUCCACCGGUGUGAAAUACAUCCCACCUGAGGAGGGUCUUUACAAGGUGGACAUCAGCUAUGAUGGGAACCCUGUUCCAGGAAGUCCCUUUUCUGUGGAGGGGGUCAUGCCUGCCGACCCCUCAAAGGUGCGUGCAUAUGGGCCAGGACUUAAAGGUGGUAUUGUGGGUCAGCCUGCACUGUUCACUAUAGACACUAAAGGUGCAGGUGCUGGCGGUCUGGGUCUGACAUUGGAAGGCCCUUGUGAGGCUAAGAUUGAGUGCCAAGACAACGGUGAUGGCACCUGCUCUGUUGCCUACCUGCCUACAGAACCCGGGGACUACAAUAUCAAUAUCCUGUUCGGGGAAGCACAUAUCACUGGCUCUCCUUUCAAAGCUGUUGUCAAGUCACCUCUAGAUGCUGGUAAAGUAAAAGUGAGUGGCCCAGGACUGGAGAAAGCUAAAGCUGGAGAGGUGGCCAGUUUCACUGUGGACUGCAGUAGGGCUGGAGAGGCUGAACUCACCAUUGAGAUUGUGUCAGAUUCAGGGGCUCAAGCUGAAGUUCGGAUCCAGAAGAACAAUGAUGGGACCUUUUCAGUCACCUACACUCCUCUUUUUCAUGGGAUGCACACCAUCACCAUUAAAUAUGGAGGUCAACAGGUGCCCAAGAGUCCCAUACAUGUUCAAGUGGAACCCUCUGUGGACACAAGUGGAAUUAAAGUGUAUGGACCGGGAGUUGAACCAAGAGGAGUCCUUAAGGAGGUGACUACACACUUUAUUGUGGAUGCCAGGGCACAAACAAAGACCAAAGGAAAUCAUGUCAAGAUCCGCAUCAUCAAUCCAUCUGGCACAAACACAGAUGCACAUAUCACAGAUAAGGGAGAUGGCACCUAUAGAGUGGAAUACACUGCUUUUGAGGAUGGUCUGCAUCUGAUCGAGGUAUUUUAUGACGAUGUUGCUGUUCCCAAGAGCCCCUUUAGGGUGUCGGUUGUAGAAGGUUGUGACCCGACUCGUGUUCGUGCUUAUGGUCCAGGACUGGAAAGUGGGCUGGUCAACAAACCCAACUGCUUUACAGUGGAGACAAGGGGUGCCGGAACAGGUGGUUUAGGUCUGACCAUUGAAGGAGCCUCAGAAUCGAAAAUGUUCUGUAAAGACAACAAAGACGGUAGUUGCAGCGUUGAAUAUGUGCCUUUCACUUCAGGAGACUAUGAUGUCAACAUCACUUAUGGAGGUCUGCCAAUUCCAGGCAGCCCAUUUCGCGUGCCGGUGAAGGAUGUGGUAGAUGUCAGUAAGGUCAAGUGCUCAGGUCCUGGACUUGCUAACAGGGUGGCAGCACAUGUUGCACAGACUUUUACUGUAGACAGCAGCAAGGCGGGACUGGCUCCUUUAGAGGUGCAGCUGUAUGGUCCAACAGGGGCUCUAGAGCCUGUCGUUGUUAAAAACAAUCGUGAUGGAACACAUACUGUUAACUACACCCCUGCACAGGAGGGACCGUACACUGUGUCUGUCAAAUAUGCCAACCAAGAAGUACCUGGAAGUCCAUUCAAAGUCAACUCAGCCCCCACGCAUGAUGCCAGUAAGGUGCGUGCCAGCGGUCCUGGUCUGGACACUAAAGGAGUGGCAGCCAGUAUGCCAGUCGAGUUCACCAUUGAUGCUCGAGAUGCAGGAAAAGGCCUUCUGACGGUCCAAAUACUGGAUCCAGAGGGAAAACCAAAGAAAGCCAGCAUCCAUGACAACAGAGAUGGGACCUACACAGUAUCUUACGUGCCAGACAUGACUGGCCGCUACACCAUCACAAUCAAAUAUGGUGGAGAAAACAUCCCAUACUCACCCUACAAUGUCCAUGCUGUUCCCACCGGUGAUGCCAGCAAAUGUCUUCUCACAGUGUCUAUUGGAGGGCAUAGAGUUGAAAGCCUUGGGCCCAACAUUACGAGGGCAGAGGAGACGGUCAUCACUGUGGAUGCUAAACCAGCUGGUAAAGGAAAGGUGACAUGUACAGUGCUGACCCCUGAUGGCGUGGAGCUGGACAUGGACGUUGUAGAGAAUCCUGACGGCACUUUCGAUAUCUACUACACUGCACCUGAGCCAGGCAAAUAUGUCAUCACGAUCCGCUUUGGAGGACAACACAUUCCCAACAGCCCCUUUCAUGUCAUGGCUACAGAUCAGCCUGUUAAACCAAGGGAGGACAAAAAGCCUAUGUUCCAACCAUUAAACUUAGUUAUUCCAUUUACUGUUCAGCAGGGAGAACUCAGUGGAGAGGUUCGUAUGCCCUCUGGUAAAACAGCCCGUCCUUUAAUCAGGGAUAAUAAAGACGGAACAGUCACAGUGCAGUAUCAGCCAACCGAGAAGGGAUUGCAUGAAAUGGAUAUAAAAUAUGAUGGCAACCACAUCCCAGGAAGUCCUUUGCAGUUCUAUGUGGAUGCAAUGAACAGUGGAAUGGUAACAGCUUAUGGACCUGGUCUAUGUCAUGGCAUCGUGAAUAAACUAGCCAGUUUUACUGUCAUCACCAAAAAUGCUGGACAAGGUGGCUUGUCCCUGGCUGUAGAGGGUCCAUCUAAAGCUGAAAUCAGCUGCAAAGACAAUAAAGAUGGUACCUGUACUGUGUCCUAUUUGCCUACCACACCUGGUGAUUACAAAGUCAUUGUCAAGUUUGACAACAGGCACAUUCCUGGCAGCCCAUUCACUGCUAAAAUCCUGGGUGACGAUUCACUCAGAAGAUCUCAGCUGAAUGUUGGCUCUGCGGCAGAUGUCUCACUGAAGAUCACAGAAACAGACCUCAGCUUUUUAACGGCCAGCAUCAAAGCUCCUUCAGGAAAAGAGGAACCAUGCCUACUGAAAAGACUGCCCAAUCGACACAUUGGUCUUUCCUUUACUCCGAAGGAAGUGGGGGAGCAUGAGGUUAGCGUGAGAAAAAGUGGAAAACAUGUAAACAACAGUCCCUUCAAGAUUAUGGUAGGGGCUUCUGAAAUUGGCGAGGCCAGCAGGGUAAAGGCGUUUGGUAAAGGUCUUGUUGAGGCUCAUACAUUUGAAUUGGCAGAGUUCUUUGUGGACACUAGAAAUGCCGGAUAUGGAGGUCUUGGAUUGUCGAUCGAGGGACCGAGUAAAGUUGAUAUCAAUUGUGAGGAUGUGGAAGACGGAACCUGUAAAGUGAAGUACUGUCCUACAGAACCAGGAAACUACAUCAUCAACAUCAAGUUUGCAGACAAACACAUACCAGGAAGUCCUUUCACAGUGAAGGUAGCAGGAGAAGGACGCAUGAAAGAGAGUAUAACAAGAAAAAGACAUGCUGCUUCUAUUGCUUCAGUAGGAAGCACAUGCGACCUCAACCUUAAAAUUCCAGGAAAUUGGUUCCAGAUGAUGUCUGCACAGGAGCGCUUGACUCGUACCUUCACCCGUAGCAGCCACACCUACACACGUACAGAACGCACAGAAAUCAGCAAGACUCACGGUGGUGAGACGAAGCGAGAAGUACACAUGGAGGAGAGCACACAAGUUGGCGGCGACCCCUUUAAAGAUGUUUUUGAGUCCUUACUAGGAAGAGAGCGACUGGGUAUUUUUGGUGCAAUGCCCCAGGAAGGUGACACAGGGAUUCAGGGUAUGAUAGCCCAGGUGACCAGCCCUAAUGGGAAGGUGACAGAUGCAGAGAUUGUUGAGAGUGGGGACAGCACAUACAGAGUCUGCUUCAUUCCUACUGAAAUGGGCCCUCAUACAGUCAAUGUUAAAUACAGAGGCGAGCAUGUUCCUGGAAGCCCCUUCCAGUUUACCGUUGGGCCCCUUGGAGAAGGAGGUGCCCACAAGGUCCGUGCUGGAGGUACAGGACUCGAGAGAGCAGUCGCUGGAGUUCCAGCUGAAUUCAGUAUUUGGACAAGAGAGGCUGGGGCUGGUGGUCUGUCCAUUGCUGUGGAGGGUCCGAGCAAAGCUGAAAUCUCAUUUGAGGAUAGAAAAGAUGGAUCCUGUGGGGUUAUUUACAUAGUGCAGGAGCCAGGCGACUAUGAAGCUUCCAUAAAGUUCAAUAAUGAGCAUAUACCAGAUAGCCCCUUUAUCGUUCCGGUGGCAAAACUGUCCGAUGAUGCACGUCGACUUACUGUUACAAGUCUUCAGGAGAAGGAUCUAAAGGUGAAUCAUGAAGCCCAAUUUGCCGUUCAGAGGAACGGGGCGAGAGGUGUAAUAGAUGCUAAAGUUCACGCUCCCUCUGGUGUGGUCGAAGAGUGUUAUGUCACUGAACUGGAUAGUGACAAGAAUGCAAUUCGCUUCAUUCCACGUGAGAAUGGUGUUCAUUCAAUUGAUGUGAAAUUUAAUGGAAGCCACAUACCAGGUAGCCCAUUCCGAGUUCGGGUUGGUGAGGCAGAACAUGUUGGAGAUCCAGGCAUGGUAUCUGCCUUUGGUCCAGGACUCGAGGGUGGCCGCACAGGGGUUGCCUCUGAGUUUGUCGUCAACACAUGCAAUGCUGGAUCAGGGGCUUUAUCUGUUACUAUUGAUGGCCCUUCAAAGGUCAAAAUGGACUGUACUGAAUGCCCAGAGGGUUACAGGAUCUCUUAUACGCCUAUGGCACCAGGCAACUAUCUUAUAUCCAUAAAGUAUGGUGGGCCACAGCAUAUUGUUGGCAGUCCCUUCAAAGCAAAGGUUACAGGAAUGCGUCUGUCUGGGGGUCACAGUCUACACGAAACUUCAUCAGUCAUUGUAGAGACUGUAACCAAAACUUCUAAGAUGUCCGGAGCGUACAGCUCUUUGGCCGGAUCCAAGUCAGCAUCAGAUGCCAGUAAGGUCGUGUGUCAUGGCCCUGGCCUCUCCAAAGCCUAUGUGGGUCAGAAGAACAACUUUUCCGUUGACUGUAGUAAAGCAGGUACAAACACGUUGAUGGUUGGUGUUCAUGGUCCCAAAACUCCAUGUGAAGAUGUGUCUGUUAAGCAUAUGGGAAACAAGAUUUACAACGUAACCUAUGCAGUAAAGGAAAAAGGAAAUUAUGUAGUUAUUGUUAAAUGGGGGGAUGAAAUUGUACCAGGUACUCCCUUCAACAUCACGGUUCCUUAAUAACCCAAAACCAAACCUGCAGAUUUCCUCUAAUAAAGAUUAAAACAGCACUAUGCAAGAGAAUAUAGACUUUAACCAAAACAUUUAUAUUAUCUUCUCACUCUCUGAGAAAAUCUUAUUUUUGACAAUUUGACAAUACACUUCUUUGAAGUUGCGGUUCUAUAAUUAAUGCUAACCUGUUUGGUGCAAAUGCAUUUUUAAUGUUUUUUUUUGUUUGUUUGUUUGGAUGCCACCACUUACCUUAAAUAAAUGAAAUGGGCUUGUUUUGUAUAAUCAACAGAAGGGAUAGUUACAGAUGAUGGUUAUAUAGAAAGGGGAAUGUUACUUUCUUAAAGGCACUUUUGUUAGUGACAACAGUGUAUAGAUGUAUCCAACGCUUUUAUAUGCUUUAUAGAAUGUCAUUUUGUUAUCUUAACCAACAGUUUGAUAUGUGUUGAAAAACUUAAAUAAAGACUAAACUUAA